UGAGUCAUUCACCCGUGGUUCAAAUUCGGCAGUGUACGCAUAUGCACAAGUUAUUAUUUUCCGAAUACAUUUCGGCACAAUAUAUUUAAGAAUGGAAGGGUCUGUCUCAAACGUUGACGUGUGUAAUUUGGCAUAUUUGGGCCAGUUUGAGCAAUUAAAAGAGUGCAUUACAUCUGAUAAAGCCCUUGCCUGCAAAACGGACCAGGAUCACAGAACGGCCUUGCACUGGGCUUGUUCGGCUGGCCAUUUCAACAUUGUUUCUUUUCUGCUUGACCUGGGAGUUGAAGUGAACAUGCAAGAUGAUGCUGCAUGGACCCCUCUUCACAUUGCAUCAUCUGCAGGUAGAGAAGACAUUGUCAAAGCACUAAUAGCCAAAGGCGCUCAGCUAAACUCUGUAAAUCAAAAUGGAUGCACUCCUCUACAUUAUGCCGCCUCCAAGGACAGAUAUGAGAUUGCCUUGCUCUUGCUUGAAAAUGGAGCCGACCCUAAUGCCACAGACAAACUUGAUUCCACUCCACUUCAUAGAGCCUCCACCAAGGGCAACUAUCGCCUGAUCCAGCUGCUUCUCAAACAGAGUGCCUCGACCAACAUCCAGGACUCGCAGGGCAACACAGCACUCCACCUGGCGUGCGAUGAGGAGCGGGUUGAAGCAGCAAAGCUCUUGGUGGAACACGGAGCCAGCAUUUACAUUGAAAACAAGGAGGAGAAAACGCCUCUCCAGAUGGCCAAGGGCAGUCUAGGCAACGUACUUCGUCGAAUUGUGGAAGGAUGAUGCAUUGACUACCUAAAGGUGCAUUUUCAGCUUCAUCCAGACCUGAGACAAGUGUGGCUUCCUCAGCGGCACAGAUGGUAACAUAUCUGACCAAAAACACUGAAAUGCACUGGCCCAAACGACAGACCACCCUUUGUGACAUUUGAUGUAUUGCAAAUUGCGUAAUAAAAUCAGUGUUAAGCUUCUU